UAUUUUUUGUUUUCACAAUCUGUGGAUUGGUUUAACAAUACAAAAGAAAAGCAAACCAGCAAAAUAGAAAAUUUUCCAUUGUUUUUUUCUAAAAAAUACGAUAGAAAAUCUCUAAAUAACACAAUUUAAGAUGGGGUCAACUGCUGGUAAUGGACAUCAAGGCGAACAUUCUAUACCUAUUGAUAUUUUAGAUGACCUGUGCAGCCGCUUCAUAAUAAACUUACCGCCAGAGGACCGAGGGAACUUGGUGCGAAUAUGUUUUCAAAUAGAGUUGGCGCACUGGUUCUACUUAGAUUAUUACUGCACUGAUGAAACCACCAGGCUGAACCCCUGUGGCAUUAGAGAGUUUGCGGCACAUAUUUUUCAACACGUCCCGCAACUCCGUGAACACGUGAGCAGUCUAGACGCAGUACUAGACAACUGGCGCGAAUACAAACAGACCGUCCCUACAUACGGCGCCAUCUUGUUGGACACAGACCUCACGCACGUGUUGCUGGUCCAGUCUUAUUGGACCAAGGCGUCUUGGGGCUUCCCUAAAGGAAAGGUGAAUGAGGAUGAGGAGCCGUGGAAGUGUGCUGCCAGGGAGGUACUUGAAGAAACAGGCUUCGACAUCAGCAAACUGAUAAACAAGCAUGACUACAUAGAAGCUAUAAUUCACGAACAAAUUGUCCGCCUAUACAUUAUCGGUUACAUUCCUAGAGACACCAAAUUCCAGCCAAGAACAAGAAAUGAGAUUAAGGCCUGCGAGUGGUUCCCACUGGCCGAUCUGCCCGCUAAUAAGAAAGAUAUGACGCCUAAGCUUAAGAUGGGUGUAAGUCCCAACGCUUUCUUCAUGGUACUACCAUUUGUGAAACGCAUGAGACGCUGGGUAGCAGAAAGAAACUCCAAAGUGUUCACUAACACUCGAAGAACGCGCCACAAGUCUAUGGGAGACAUUGAAUCGUCUUCUACAAACAAGACUAAAGGCAAAGGCAUCUCUCAGGGUCUGCAGAACGAAAUACAGGAAUAUCAGCAGCUGAAUAUUUCGGCACCCAAACCAUUCAAGAAUCAUGGUAAUUCCAAUGGGAAUGGCCAUGGCAAUGGUCAUACGAACGGACAUGGGAAUGGUCAAGGUAAUGGCCAUGGCCAUAGCCACAGCAACAGUCAUGGCAACAGCCACGGGAAUAGCCAUGGAAACAGCCACGGCAGUGGGGCCAAGAAUACUCCAAAUCAAAAUAGUUCUAGAAAGGACAGGAAGGUUGCUAAGCGACAGUUGUUUACACCACAGAAUACUCAAGCGAACAACAGCUUUUCUCCAGUACAGGAUAAUAAUAAUACUAAGAACGAGUAUCCUGAUGAUAAUGUGUUCUUUAACUUCGUGGCUCCGUCGUGGGCUAACUUCAAGUUUGACAGACGUGCUAUACUGGAUUGCCUUACUUGAGCGUAAGGAGACGUAAUUUUGGCUCUAAUUCGUAGAUCACGUUGACUUCCUACUUCGAUAUUUUUGACUUUAUUUUGUAAUUAUAUAAAGUUACAAAGCAGAUUUA